CGUUGCUCCAUCCGAGCUCCAAACACCUGUAUCCCCUCCCAAGUUUUCGUGCUGGGGGUACCGUAUCAUUCUAGAGUUGUAUGCAGCUCCAGGCGAGCAAUGAAAAGCCCACCAUGGCCGACGAACGCACGCCCCUUAUCGCCGUAGUGCAGACACGACCCCACCGCGACCGCUACCCGCACCACACCCUCCGCUAUGUCUGUACUAUUGGUCUUACUGCAGUCCUCUUCCUCGGCCUCGCUGCGGUAAUCCUCGUCCUUAACUUCGCGCCUCUUAACGACGGCGACGAGACGGAAUGGCCGAUGCACCUUCUGCCGUCGCAAAUGCACAACAUCCCAGCCUCCUGGCCGUACUCAACAGGCUUGGAGUACGAAGAUCUACAGGCGAUUCUGAUAACGACUCCGGAUCCGGAAAAGGCAAGGGAGUGGAGCAAGUACUAUACCAGCGGGCCGCACUUGGCGGGGAAGAAUCUGAGCCAGGCGAUUUGGACGAAAGAGAAGUGGAUGGAGUUUGGUGUGGAGAAUUCCCUAAUCGUGGAUUACGAUAUUUAUGUGAAUUAUCCAAAGGGUCAUCGAUUGGCGCUGUUGGAGAAGGAACAGGAGGAGAACGGUGGCUCUGCUGCAAUCGACGAGACGGAAUGGAAGAUCAAGUAUGAGGCUAGUCUAGAAGAGGACGUGUUGAAGGAGGAUGCUACAAGCGGUCUUGCCGGCCGCAUUCCUACGUUCCACGGAUAUAGCGCGUCAGGCAAUGUCACGGCGCCGUACGUCUAUGUCAACUAUGGGACCUACAAGGACUUCGAGGAGCUGCAGGCAGCGAACAUCAGCCUCGAGGGCAAGAUCGCGUUGAUCAAGUAUGGUGGCAUUUUUAGGGGUCUCAAAGUUAAGAGGGCACAGGAGCUUGGAAUGGUUGGAGCUGUCAUCUACACCGAUCCUGGAGAUGACGGUGAGGUCACGGAAUACAACGGGAAUGCCACCUACCCGGAUGGUCCAGCCCGCCAGCCGAGCAGCGUUCAAAGGGGCAGUUGCCAAUUCUUAAGCUUCGCCCCUGGAGACCCAACAACCCCCGGCUAUCCCUCAAAACCAGGCGUUCCCCGACAGCCCGUUGACCACGCGAUUCCUUCCAUCCCCUCGAUUCCCAUCUCCUAUGAAGAUGCUUUACCCCUCCUCAGGGCUCUGAACGGCCACGGACCGAAAGCAUCAUCAUUCAACAAAUACUGGAAAGGAGGUGGAUUGGGCUACAAGGGCGUAGAGUACAACAUCGGACCGUCUCCGGACCACCUCCGGCUCAAUCUUGUAAACGAGCAGGAGUACGUGAUAACGCCCAUGUGGAACGUCAUUGGCAUCAUCAACGGCACGAUUCCAGACGAGGUAGUUGUGCUUGGAAACCACAGAGACGCCUGGAUUGCCGGCGGCGCUGGGGAUCCCAACAGUGGCUCUGCAGCUCUGAACGAGGUCAUUCGCAGUUUUGGUAUCGCUCUGCAGGCCGGCUGGAAGCCACUUCGCACCAUCGUUUUCGCGAGUUGGGACGGCGAGGAGUACGGGUUGCUUGGAUCGACCGAGUGGGUGGAGGAAUAUAUUCCCUGGCUAUCUUCGUCCACCAUCGCAUAUCUCAACGUCGACGUUGGGACCAACGGCCCACAUUUCAGGCUCUCGGCCGCGCCGCUACUGAACAAAGUUGCAGUAGAGACUCUCGAUCUCAUACCCUCCCCCAACCAGACCACGCCCGGCCAAACCGUUGGCGACGUCUGGAACAAGCACAUCAGCACCAUGGGCUCGGGCAGCGACUUCACCGCCUUCCAAGACUUUGCUGGCAUCCCGUCGCUCGACAUGGGCUUCGGCUUCGGCGCCAAGGCGCCCGUCUACCACUACCAUUCCAACUACGACAGCUUUGACUGGAUGGAGCGUUUUGGCGAUCCUACCUUCGAAUACCAUGCUACAAUUGCGAAACUGUGGGCGCUAGUGGCGGCGAAUUUGGUCGAGACGCCGGUUAUCCAGCUUAACGUUACGGAGUAUGCGCUCGGGCUGGGCAAGUAUGUUGAGAGUGUCAAGGAGAAGGCGAAAGAGGCUACGAUGAAGACGGGAGGUGCUGGAAAGCGGGAGGAUGAUGAGGCGGAUGAUGUUUUCGCGCCGCUCGACCGCGCAAUUGGGCACUUCCAUUUCGCCUCGAAAGUGCACGACGGACUCGCCGCUUCGCUCCUCUACGACCUCUACCACAACGACAUCCCCUGGUGGAAAUGGUGGGAGAGGGUUAAGCUGUACUACGCGAUCCGCCGCGUGAAUACGAAGUACAAGCUGCUGGAGCGCAAGUUCCUGUACGCAGAUGGGCUCGAUGGACGGCCCUGGUUCAAGCACGUUGUGUUCGCGCCGGGCAAAUGGACUGGCUACGCUGGAGCUACUUUCCCAGGCAUUGUGGAAGGUAUCGAGGAGGGCAGUGAGGAGGGGGUGAGGAAAUGGGUGGAUAUAGCGGCGAAGUUGGUGGAGGAUGCGGCGGCGAGCUUGGAGGAUGAGUAGUGGCGUGGAUGAGCUCUUGGAUUCUCUGGUCUUGAUACCCUCUCUGUACAUCGGCAAUGAAGUAUAUAUCCCACAAUUCGGAUUGUCUAUCGUUAAGCCCGCUGGCCUGGAUGGAGUAUCGCGCAGCUUGCUCGAUCCUCUUGGGAAACAU